UCAAAGUUCAAUCGGAAUAAGCUCUCACCAUCUAUCUCUGUAUAAUUUCUACAUGUUCAAAUUUUUGCAUUCUUGAUCAAAAUUCAGUAAAAAUAAGUUGAUUCUCUUCUCUCACUCUCUCAAUAUCCAUAUGUUUCAGUUAUUGUGUUUCCUGAUUCGGAUUCUACGCAUAAUUAGUCAGUUUAUCAUGACAGUGAAGGGCGGCACAAGCCCAGCAUGUGCUGCGUGCAAGUAUCAGAGAAGAAAGUGCUCAUCAGAUUGCCCUCUUGCGCCUUACUUCCCAGCAAAUCAACCUAAAAUGUUUCAAAAUGUGCACCGGCUUUUUGGGGUGUCCAACAUUACGAAGAUUCUCGGUAACUUGGAGACGAAUGACCAAAAGGAGGAUGCAAUGAAAUCUAUUAUAUAUGAGUCUGAUAUGCGAGAGAGGUUUCCAGUUUACGGUUGUUCUGUUAUUAUAUGCCAAUUGCGUCUGCAGUUGCAACACGCACUUGAAGAACUACGAUAUGUUUAUGCACAGCUCGAGACUUAUAGGCAACAGUUCAACAGGCAAUCCACUCCACACUACUCGUCUUCACCACAGCCAGAGUUCGGUAUGUAUUCAAAUAAUGAUGUAUCUCAGGCAUUUCAACCGUCAUCACUGAGAAAUGAAAUGACUAAUUUUGGAAUGAAUAAUCAGUUUUUUGCAAAUGAAAAUAUUGGUUUUUAUGCUGAAUCCAGUGACGUUAUGGACAGACCAAUGUUGGGAUUUGACCCUUAUUGUGAUAUGAACAAUAGUCAAUCUAUAACACUUCAAGCACAAAUGGACGCAUAUGAAAUCCCACAAGAUCAAGAAAUUUCUCAAGAUUUCGAGCAAAUGCACUCUAACACUCUACCUGAUGAUAGACAAUCUUAUAUCGAAACAAAGGGUGCUUGUGAGUCAAGCUCGGAAUCAUCGUUGAAGGAUACAACACAGUCGUCGAGCGAGCAAGUAUCCCAAAGUGAGUUGAGGAAUGCUGCUGCAUGCUUUAGCCUCUGUCACUUAGAAUAAUUUAGACUUUUGAUCUUUUCCCAAACAUAAUUUUAUUAUUUUGGAA